UUAACCACAAAAUUAUUGUUUAAGGUGGGAUAUUUUAGUCCAAUUUUAAAUGAAAGAUCCCUUUUUUGAACUCUUAUUACCUUUUUAAUGAUUUUAAACACAGAUGAAAUUAUCAUCAAGAAUAUAAAAUAAACAUUACAAUGAAAUCUCAGUAAAACUGUCUCUCAGACAGUUACAGCACCACUGUGUUGUUGAAUUGUUACAGGCCACAGCUGAAGCUACAUGGUUGUUACACAACGUUUUGAUUCAACCGGUGUUGCAUAUACACCGCAAUCAUUCAGUCAUUCAUUAAUUGUUAGCUCAACUGCCACCUAUCGACCAUGAGGAGGCAUGGCAGCGUCUACAGAUGACGCAACUGAGCGUUAAAAAGCUUUUAUUUUGGAAGCAGUCGGAAGUAAAAAAAAAAAAAAAAAAAAAGCACACAUCUCACUGCUGUAUGCUUGAUGCCAAAAACGCCCUAACUGUUUGUACUCCCACAGCGUUUAUCGAGAAUCACGUGAUUAUCUGAAGAGAGAAUUGGGUGGAUACGUGAAGUCACAGAGACUUAAUCAGAACAAUGAGACUUUUUUCAGAUCACAAUCUUCUGUUUGAGAUUGUUCUUAAAAAAUUAUAUAGCCCCAUCUUACCUCUGACAGACACUGUUCCGAAGAUGAUAAUAUGAUGAAUAUGAAUACAAAAGCCUUUCAUACAGAGCCACUCAAUUAGACUGAGUGGACUAAUCACAUGUUGCGCCACAGGUUCAUGCAAGGCCUGAAAUCUGUCUUUGUAUGUGUUUUUCAUUACAGACAUUUUGACUUGAAAGCAGGAAAGACACAGGUUAGGUGUUCAUGACAGCCAGCACAAUGAGUCAGGACCCUCAAACUUGCACAUAUGGAAAGAAGACAUGGUAAAUAUUAUGAAGUACACUUGUGCCUUUCCUGGUUUUAAGUGUUAAAAAUGUCUGCUGUGUGAAAGGCCAACUCUCUGGUAAUUUAGGUCCAUUACAGGCAGGCAAGGGAAACAAAGGUCACACCUUUAGCACAACUGUUUCUAUCACUGAAACUCAGAUCAAGUUAUUCUGUUGUUUCCGGUAAGGUCCAGUAGACUUUACUUUAGUGUUUCGGACACGGAAAUGAAAACUGUAACUGCGCUGACUUGACGCAGUCAGUAUGAUCGUUUCUGGAGAAUCACGUGGUUCGUGGGUGACUAUAAAUAUCUCCGCUGCCAAACAGCUGCACACGGAGCCCGGUGUAAGGCGGAACUUCCAACUUGGACACUACACACUUAAAUAAAAUAUUGAUCAACGACAAACAACGACAGUCACAAGAUGGCACAGUGGCAGGAGCUGCUGCGUCUGAACCUAGUCCAGGGCUGGUUGAGUGAGCUGUAUGAGAGAAAAUUCCCCAGACACAUCCGCCACUGCCUGUGCGUGUGCAUAGAGGAGCUGGACUGGGAUUCGGCUGCUGUGGAUGAAAAAAAAGCAAGUGUUUGCUUCUGUACACUCAUCUUCUAUUUGGAUAAACAGUGGAACCAGUCUGUCCAGCUGAGCUACAUUUUGCCAGGACCUGAUUUUCAAGGGAUGAGGGACUACCUGUUGAAAAACUUUAAGGAUGUGCCACUGAACUUGGCCGUCAUACUCUCUGAAUGCCUACGCGAGGAAAAGAGAAUCCUGAAUUCAGCCUCUAAGACACAGGGUGGUGACGGUCCAACUGUGGAUCAGAAAUGGAGAGAGCUGGACAACGGAGUCAAUGACCUGAAAAGGCAGACUUUGGAGGUAAAGAAGGAAAUGAAGUCACUGGAGAACCUAUAUGAAAACCAUGACUACAUACUGAAGACCUGGAAAAGCGAAGUAGAGAAGUGUAUUGGAUUGGCCCAGUCCCAAGCUGCUGUGAAAGAGGAAUGCCUUAAGCAAGCCAAUUUUAUCAGUCAAACAAAGCAGGUGGUGCUGCAGCAGAUAGUGAAGAUUUUAAAACAGGCCGAGCAGAUAGUUGCGGCUCUCACUGAUGUGGAGCUGCCUGAGUGGAAACGUAGGCAGCAGAUGGCCUGCAUUGGAGGUCCAGUCGACACCUGUCUGGACCACCUCCAGAUGAGGUUCACAGCUGUAGCCGAGGUGCUAAUACAAGUCCGCCAACAGCUGCAGAAACUACAUGACCAGAACAAGAAAUACAACUGCAACGAUGCUUACAGCCUCCAUCAAGAAACUGAGAAAUCUGCACUGUCCCUGCUCACAAAACUUCUUUCAAGUGCUCUAGUGGUUGAAAGACAACCUGUCAUGACGAAUCUGCCACAGCGACCUCUAAUACUUAAGACCGGGGUGCGGUUCACAGCGGCAGUUCGGUUCUUGGCAAACCUCCCUGAAUUCAAGUGUCUGCUCAAAGUCAAACCUGUAUUUGACAAGGAUGUUGAAGAAACCACAACUGAAAAUGGGUUCCGUCACUUUGAUUUCAACAGGGAUAACAGUAAGGUGCUGGAUGUGGAGCCUCCUGGUGGAGGCCUGGUGGCAGAAUUCACUCACAUGUCAGUCAAGGAAAAAAAAGCAAGAACCAAAGGUUCAUGUCAGAGUCGCCUGGGAGUCACCGAAGAACUUCACAUCAUUAAGUUUGUGACAGUGUUUCAGCAUGCUGGACUGAGCUGUCACAUCGAGGCCAGCUCCCUGCCAAUGGUCAUCAUCUCCAGUACCAAUCAGAUCCCCAGUGCCUGGGCCUCUGUCAUAUGGUGCAACAUACUGUCUUCCAGCGAGCCGAAGGACCUGUCAUUGUUUGUCGACCCUCCUCCACUCACCUGGCAGCAGCUGUCACAGGUUCUCAGCUGGCAGUUUCUGUCUGUCGGCAAACGAGAACUUGAUGAAAACCAGCUCUCCAUGCUAAGAGACAAACUCAUGGACGAGCCUGAUGGUCUCAUUCAUUGGAGCAAGUUCUCUAAGAAUGAAUGUGCCUGGAUUUGGAUCAACGGGAUCCUCGAUUUGAUCAAAAGACAUUUGGUGGAUCUUUGGCAAAAUGGGUACAUCAUGGGGUUCGUGAGCAGGAAGUCAACACGGAGCCUGUUGCAGGAAAAACCGACUGGGACCUUUCUGCUGCGCUUUAGCGAGAGCAACAAAGACGGAGCCAUCACCUUCAGCUGGGUGGAACACACCAACGGUGAGACCCAUGUGCAUUCAGUAGAGCCCUACACCAAGACGGAGCUGACGGUCCUGUCUCUGCCAGACAUUAUUUACCUCUACAGUCUGAAGUCUGAGGAGAACAUGACCAGGAAUCCUCUGCUCUAUCUUUACCCAGACAUCCACAGAGACGCUGCCUUUGGACGCUACUGCAGCAUCCCUGAAAAGGAGGCACCUAAAAACAUGAAUGGCUACGUUAGAAGAAAUCACACUUGUUCAGCAGAUCCUACACCACCUUCCCCUCCACCUCAGGAGACACACAUGGACACAUACAUGGACACUGACCCAGACACAAGUAUGCAGGAUCAAGUGAUUCAGGAUCUCUUCUACGAUCUUUUGAGUCUACCGAGCUCUCCUGCCCUCUUGAUGUCAAGGCAAGACACAACAACUCACUUCAACUGAAUUUGUCUAGAUAAGUGUAGUGGUAAUGUUAAGAUGUGGGUUGGGAAACAAAUCUGUUUUUUUUUUUUGUUUUUUUUUUGUUUGUUUUUGUUAAAUGUGUGCACAAACUUUGUGGCUGCCUGUCAGAAGUUAAAGAGGAAAAUCCUGCUACUAUGGGAAAGAAUGACGAUGCUGUACAGUAAAUUAUUUUUUAAAACUUUUGUUUAUUAAAAUAAACAUUUGAAAACGUU